CCCUUUUCCUCUCCCCCCCCCAUGCAGGCCUCCGGUGUCGCUGUCUCUGAUGGAGUUAUCAAGGUUUUCAACGACAUGAAGGUGCGCAAAGCGUCCACUUCAGAGGAGGUGAAGAAGCGCAAGAAGGCGGUGCUUUUCUGCCUGAGCGAAGACAAGAAGACCAUCAUCCAGGAGGAGGGGAAGGAGAUCCUGGUGGGGCAGGUGGGCGACACCAUCGAUGACCCUUACCUGCAUUUUGUCAAGAUGCUGCCAGACCGCGACUGUCGCUACGCCCUCUACGACGCCACCUAUGAGACCAAGGAGAGCAAAAAGGAGGACCUUGUCUUCAUCUUUUGGGCGCCUGAGUCUGCCCCCUUGAAGAGUAAGAUGAUUUAUGCCAGUUCUAAGGAUGCCUUGAAGAAGAAACUCCCAGGGAUCAAGCACGAGGUACAAGCAAAUUGCUUUGAGGAAGUGAAGGAUCGCUGCACCCUGGCAGAGAAAUUAGGCGGCAGUUGCGUCAUCAGCUUGGAGGGGAAGCCCUUGUAAGCCCCCCCCUCCGCCCUUCCCCCUGUCGUGCCAGCGUCUCCGGAGCUUCCAUGUUAAUGGCCCUGUGCUACCAUUUUUGGGGUGGGGUGGGAGGGAUGUGGGGUGGGUUCUCCUUUUUAGUUACGUUCCGGUUUUCUGCCUUCUCAUCUAUUACUCUCUCCCCCCCCCCGUGCUCCCCUCCUGUUUCAAAGAAAAAGGGCAGGCGGCCACUGACCUUGCGGCUGCCCUUGAAACUUGCCAAACCAGCUCCAGCGGCCUCCUUCCUUGUCCCUUUUCCCUGCCCAGCUGUUGAGGCGACAUUCCUUGGGGGGGGGCUUCCCCCUCCCACUUCUUGGCUGCCUCCUUUUACUCUGUGGGACCACCUGCUUCCUCCAUUCCAGCUGUGGGACCACACGUGGCCUGGGCUCUGCUCCUGGCCACAGUUUUUGGAGAGGGGGAGGAGGAGGAGGGGGUUAGGAUUUUUUUAAGGCAGGGCCCCUCAUUCCAGAAUCUCAGUCCCAUCAUUCCUGGUGUGUAAAUUCUUUUUAUUGGUCGGUCUCUCUCGCUCUGUCUUUUUUUUCCUUCUCCGUAUGUGUGUUUUGGAAAAAAAAACGAUGUGGGAUGGCAGCUGCGUUUCCUAGCCUUUCCCCUCCCGAGACCCUGCUCUCCCCUCCUUAACUGCCAUAGUGGCUUUGUGCUUGUCCGUAGUACUGUGUAUAAAUGAGAUAUUGUGGAGAUAGUUGCACCCAUCUCAAUGUCGAGGGUGGAAUUAACAAAAAUAAUGGAAGCAGCACCAGUUACCUUCAAUAAAUAAAAAAAAAUU